ACGGCGCACCAGUCAAGAACAGAGAAUCGGCUAAAAAGACGGAAUUCGGAGUCGAGUCCGGACUGUAAAUCGGGAAUCCAGACGCAGAUUGUCAUUCUGUCCGAGAAUUCGGACACUCGAUAAAAACCACAAUAAAAGACAGUCGCAAAAUGCAACUGCAGCGAAAAGUGCUCGAGUGUACGAGAGUGUGAGUGUGUUUGUGAGCGCCUUUUAUCGAUCACACGCUCCGCACCACUCUUCCCCUAGCUCCUCCCCCCUCGCUACCACCUCCCCUUGGUCCCUAUCCGUGCACUCCAAUCGAAUUUCAAAGCUGAAAAUCGGAAAAUUAUACAAUUGCAUUCGCAAUUACGACGUAUACACGUUCGUACGUACAGCACCCCCGAAAAAAAGCUGAGGAAAUCACAAAACACACGAAUCAAAGGCACGGCAAAGACAGGAGGGAAAAGCAAAGACAGCAGCAGGGAAAACGCAGAAUAAAAACAAAGCACCACCAGUCGGAAAAACAAGGAAAAGGCAGCGGAAAAGCAAGGAAAACAAACAUUUUAUAGUGACCUCAACUGCAGCUGCAAGUGCAAGUUAAAAAUACACAAAAAACCAAGCGGAAAUAAUGCAAAAUUAGCAGAUAAAUAGCAGAAAAGCCGAAUAACCCAAAAAGUAACAGUAAACCAAAAGCACAAACGGGAGGAACUAACAAACUAACUGCUAGGCCGCACAAAGAGAGUUCUUAAUCGCUCGUAAACCCAUUUAAAUAUUUACUCAAAUAUAGACAGGCGGCAGCCUACGCCUCUAUCGCUUGUGAAUUUAUCAAACUUAAAAACGAAAACAAACAACAAAAACGGCGACAAAACUCAAUAACAAUUGACACAUGCACACGCACACACCAGCAAACAAAAGCAGCAGCACAGUUAGAACAAUUGCAGUGGGAGAGCGAGUGAGUGGGCCAAGUGAAUGAAAGUGUGAGAGCCAAGAUAAAACUUACGCUCCGUCGGUUUGGUCGGUCGGUCGGUUGGUCUCUCUUUCCCCAUCUGUCCCUCUCGCGGAAUCUCGCUCUCUGCUACUCCUCCUCCGCUGCUUUGGCAUUCGCACGCGGGCAGCGACGCCAAUCGGACGUUCCUCCUCCUCUUUCUCCUUCUGUCCUUCUCCACCCACACUUAAACUUCUUCGCGAGCCGCCGCCGCGUGUGUGCAGAAAAAUAAAUUCGAGGGCGAAAAAGGAAGCCCGGGAAAUCGAAUUAUAAUUCCGGAGCUGCUUUAAUUCGCCGUAAAUAGGUGUAAUUUUCGGUGCGCCAUGGUGGACAUAAACACGUCGAAUCCCGGCAAUGCCGGCAGCAACAUAAAUUCCGCCUCCUCCGCCCGUCUGCGCCGAUUCGAGCGGACGGACAGCGAGCUGGCGUGCGAGGAGGCGGCCAGGCUCACCGCCGAGCAGAGUCCUGAGGAUGAGGACAACCAGGACAAUGAGGAUGAGGACGACGACGAAGUGAGCGAGUACGGGGAGCUGCCUCCGCCGCCGGACGGCGGUUAUGGCUGGGUCAUCUGCUUCGCCAGCUUCAUGUGCAACAUGAUCGUCGACGGCAUCGCCUACACGUUCGGCAUCUUCCUCGAGGAGUUCGUGGCCUACUUCCACGAGGGCAAGGGCACCGUCGCUUGGGUGGGCAGCCUCCUGUCCGGAGUCUACCUCAGCGCUGGCCCUAUUGUCUCGGCGCUUGCAAACAAAUAUGGCUGCCGUGCAGUCUGUAUCGCCGGCAGCAUCAUCGCCUGCAUCGCCUUCGUCCUGAGCACCUUCAGCAGCAACGUGAGCAUGCUGAUGGCCACCUAUGGAUUCAUGGGCGGCUUUGGCUUCGGCAUGAUCUACCUGCCAGCUGUGGUGGCCGUGGGCUACUACUUCGAGACGAAGCGCAGUCUGGCCACAGGCAUCGCUGUCUGCGGCUCCGGCUUUGGCACCUUCGCCUUCGCUCCCCUGGCCACCUACUUGCUGGAGGAGUACGGCUGGAAGAACGCCCUGCUCAUUUUUGCGGGCUUAAUUCUCAACUGUGCCAUUUUCGGUGCCAUGAUGCGACCCCUAACCUAUCCCAAGAAGAAGAAGGUGAAGCCCCUAAUGCAGAGAAUGUAUGAGGAGAAGCAGCUCCAACUGGAACGCGGUUCCUUUGCGGGAUCUCACUUUAUGGUGCAACUGCCGGAUGGAACCAUGGAGCGCAAGCUGAAGAUGCCACUUAACGCAGAUCCCGGUGUACAUUCCAGCUUGAAUUUGGAGCUACUGGCUCAACAGGCCGGAGGCGGUGGCCUCCAUCCCGUGUCUACGCUGCCCACCAUCACCGAGUCCAAAGUGGUCGAUGUGCAUCAGCAGAAUGGUGCUCAGUCGCCGCCCAAUGGGGACAGCAAUGGCCAGCUAUCCGCCAGAUCUGCAGGCCGUCGCCAACACAGGGCUUCAGAGUCAGAGAACAGCCCGUAUCACUCGCAGGAUGCAAUGACCCGGAAUGCCUCGCAGCCCGCCUUCCUGGCCGGCGACCACCAGAGCUUGCCCAAAAACGGAUCCGUGCCAUCGUUCAGCCGGGUGAGGAAGACCUCCGCAUCGGAGCGGUAUCAACCCUCGUUGGCUGCCAUCAGGGCCUCGUCGAGGGGUGAUUUGGAGGCUGGUGCUGGCGGAGAUUUCGUCUCCUCCAAGCUGUCGCUCUCGCAGAGGCAGGGAGGCAGCCAGUCCGGCAGCAGCGGCAGGAUGGUGCGACCCAUGUCUCGCAAGGAUAUCUUCUACUCUGGAUCCGUGACCAACCUCCCGCAGUACCAGUCCCAAAAGUCGCUGACCAACUACAGGAACUCAGUGCUAUCCCUAACCAAGUACGAGAAGAGCAUGCAGAGUGUGGCCAAGCUGGAUCCCUUGGCCGAGGCCGAGAAGCAUCGCGAGGAGUACGACCUAUGUCCCUGCCUGGGCAUCCCCGAUUCCGUGAAAUCCGUCGUGAACACCAUGCUGGAUGUGAGCCUGCUAAAGGAUCCCGUAUUUAUGCUUAUUGGAGUCUCGAAUAUCUUUGGAAUGGCCGGCCUAUAUGUCCCCUUCGUCUACCUGGUCGAUGCGGCCAAGGAGCAUGAUAUCUCGAAGAACGAUGCUGCGAUGCUGCUGUCCAUCAUUGGUAUCACCAAUACUGUGGGCCGUGUGUUCUGCGGCUGGGUGGCGGAUCUGCCUCAAGUCAACUCCCUGCUGCUCAACAAUUGCUGCCUGCUGGUGUCCACCAUCGCGGUGACCCUGACGCCACUGUGCUACAGCUACACGGCCUACAUCACCAUGUCCAUAUUCUUUGGACUAGCCAUCUCGGGAUACAUCUCACUGACGUCAAUUAUCCUGGUCGACCUGCUCGGCCUGGACAAGCUCACAAAUGCCUUUGGACUGCUGAUCCUGUUCAGAGGAUUCGCCGCCCUUAUCGGAACGCCUCUGGCAGGCGCCAUCUACGACAUUACGCACACCUAUGACCUGCCCUUCUACAUGGCCGGUGCCCUGUUCGGCAUCUCCACGAUAACCAGUUUCCUGGCUCCCUGCCUGAAGCGAUGCAGUCCCGCCGAGGAGACUCCCGUGCAUGUGGAGACUCUGACGCCCAUAGACGAGGAGCAGGGCGAGGAUGCCGAGGAUGACGAGGACCAGCCCAUCACCAUUGUGCCCAAGAUCAUCAAGACGCUGGCGAGUCCGCAGCAGGAGGAGGGACACCCGCAGUUCCCCCAGAAAACGAAUGAAUCGAAGCUCUAAACGGGAUCAGCUGGAUCAGUGUGAGAAUGAUGAAGAAUUUAGGGGUCAUUGCGGGGGGCUCAAGAUCCGGCGAGAUAUUUUUCUAUUUACUUAUACAGCAGAUGAGGAGGAGGAGAUGAUCAGAGAUCGAGCGCACCUAUAUACAAAAGCAGAGGAAAAGAAGGCGGAUAUAUAUAUACCCCCGCACCACAUAUAUACCUUUAAGCCUAGGCAACGACGACGGCGGAGGACGAGAUGGAGAUGAGGAAAUUGAACUUUUCUACCAGGAGAACUCAGCUUAGCUUGCGAUAAGAUAGAGAAAGAAAAUACCUUCGGCUAUAUAUAAACUAUACUACGCUCAUAAAUUACCGAUCGAAAACUGAUACUGAUCGUUUUUUGUAGAUUGCAACUGUUAUACAGCAACCACUAAAUAUUGUAAAGUAACUUCUAUUAUUAUAAUUAUUAUUUGUUUGUUAAAGCCCUACGAUUACUAUGAUUACCAUUAUUAUUACUAUUAAACAUUAUUGUGUACGUACUACUACCAUAUAGUUGUUGGCCAGGUGUUAUAAAUGUGUCAUAACUUAGCGAUAUAGCGUGUGUGUAAACUGUAAACCGUAGCAAAGUAGAAACGAGGAGGAGAAGUGGCCCCGAUCAACUUAAAAGCGGCAGAGCAACUAUGGCAAAACUAAUAAAUUGUAUAUUUUUUAAGGAGAGUUCAACGCUACACAAACUAUAUUAAAGAAAGAAAAAAGCGAAGCGACACAAAGAACCGCAUUAAGAACUAAAAUUGUUUUCAAUUUUACACUAAUCAUUUAGGUGGCAAACUCAAAAUACAAAUUUACGGCUCAUUUUUGUGUAAGUUACUAAAUACUAAACUAAAGUCCAGCAACAGAAAAAACAACCAAGAGAACAACAUGAAUUUUUAAGGCUUGUGUGUGUCUGUUUUUUAAAACUAUCCAAAUAAAUAUAUAUAGAGUAGUGGCUA